GCGGGUAUCCUGUGCUGCUCCCAGUAUCGCUUGCAAGCCUCGAGUUUAAAAAAAUGGCGGCAGGAAAACAUCGAAUCUCUAUCUCUCUCUUUCGAAGAAAACUUGAGGAACUUGACUGCCCUUAUAUCGAGGGGGUCGAUGAUUCGUGGAUGGAGGAACUAUUGUACAAACCUGGUGAACCCAGGAUGAGGCUAAUGCAAUGGCUCCUGGGCAAAUUUGACCCAACCAUCAAUGAAAUGCUUGAGGGGCAGCAUAAAAUGAGAAGUAGAAACGACUCCAGAUUACAGCGAUUACUUUUUGCAGCUCACUUGAUUGGACUGUGUCAUUGUGAUGAUAUCGCCCUUAUCAAGGGUGAGACUUCACAUAGCAAGCAAGCUGUGUUCUUUGAGAACCUGAUUGAUAUGGUUAGUCAUGUUGAUGCUGUGGAAUCUAAAGCCAGACAACGACGGAUUCCUCCUGCUAUAAGCCUUGCGGAACAAUUUGAGAGUGACUGCAGACUACUGGACACACUCUGUCGACAAGAAGAUCUUAGUGAAGUAUUCAAGAUGAGAAUCCAGCUAUCUCCACCAGACCUUGUGAAGGCAAAUAAAAUAAAUGACAACAAAGUUCCAGACAGUAAACACCUUGCAGGUGUAGCAAACAAUUUAUCCGAAGAGCUUCAGACACAGACUCAACACCUUGAAGAACUUCAACAGAAGUGGCCUUUUAGACAGUCUGACCACCAAGAGGUAGAUAAAGUCAGCAAAACGCUAGAGCUGACGCUGAGCACACUCUCACAACAAGUGGCUGGAUUUGUGCACUGCUACGAGUCUGAAAUGCGUCCAUGGUGUAGCCGCAGCCAGCCUGUGCUGUCAGAACUUGGCCCUGCCUUCAAGAGAGUUUACACACUGCUGCAGAAGUUAGUCCAUCUCCUUGGAUCUCUGGAAUUGGUCAAAAAGUCCCAUGAGUCCAUAUGUGGCGAAACAAAGUCACGACUAGAGGAAGUCAAGGCUUCUGGUCUAUGUAAGUCCAUCUUCCCUUCCUCAUUGGACCCAGUAAAAAGCUACACGCGUCCAGUACCAAAGAUUACCUGGAAAACCUCCCUGAUUGUGUUGCCAUUUUAGAAGGAGCCUUAGAGCGCUACCAGCAAACUUGGCACAAAGGCUAGGAUGUGUAGGCAAGUACAUAAAGAGUUGAGUUGGCUAUUAUCCUCUGAGACCCCAGACCAUGUCACGGCCAUGUUUCUUACAUAAUAACACAAGGUCUACCAGUUUGUCAUGCAAGCUCUGUGGCGUUUGUGUCAUUUUGUUCAACUGCAACGCUGCCACUCACGAAAACCCGGCCAUAAAAGAGACUUGCCAAGAUAGAACCUGCAAAGGGGCCAACCCAGUACACCUGGAAACAAAUCAAUGCAGACAUCAGUCACCAGUUACUGAUAAAGCAAUCAAGAUUCACAAAAAAAUUGUUGCCAAACAAGGCAAGGGCGCUAGGAUAGUUAAACCCAAGGACCCCUCACUCAUUAUAUAUGUCACACUAAAAUGCAGGAGAUAUAUUUGAAAAUA